AUGGAUGAACCGACAUCCCACGGGUCGUGCCUUGCCACCUCAAAAGAGAAGGGAAAAUUCUAUCCUGCUCUAAUAUUCAUCAGCGCGGCUGGAGAGGACUUGCGCCAAUCCCCUGAUAUAGGUCUCGAGAAGCUUGAACACGGCUCAAAGGCAAUGACAAAGCUGGAUUCCUGCACUUCGUUGAGGCAGAUGCUCUGCUGGGUCCCUGAGGAGCGACCAACGGCAGAGGAGGCUGUAUAUGACCCCUGGCUGAUGGAGGGCUUAUUUGACGGCUCUCACGCGACGGGAUACGUGGCACCCGCCCUCAUUGGACAGGCCUCAACACAGAUGGAGGUCUAUGAUGCAGCUCACUUUUCUCGCUCCUUCAACAUGGCCCGUUGCGACCCUAAGACCACACGAGAGCAUCUGCAGCCUUCGCCGCGCUGGGGCUUCAACGCAAUAGGCGCCGUGUUAUACUACAGGACAACAGCGCAUUCCGCCCCUCCUGGAGGACCACGAAGCCAGUCGAUCCGCCGCGCAGAUUCGCUUUCAGAAGUGAUGAGAAGACCUGGCGAUAUUCUUCUCGCCGACAAGAUGUCCAAACAACGGAAUAACAAAGUCAUGUCCGUCCACUUUUACAUCGACUUCAGCUGGGAAUCAGCUGGGAAUCAGGGGCUGACGCUCGUUUCCCGGGGAUGUCGUCCAGGAAGUGCUAGCGCUCUUCGCCCCAACGAUGCCAGGCCGAGGAAGCGGGACCAGCAAGCUUUCAACGAGAACAGGGUGAAAUGCCAAAUGUCGCAACAUACCGGCCAAACUUUGCGCCGACAUAAUCCAAAUGCGCUAUGGAACCUGGCAAAAUCUGUCUACCUGAAACGCCCGGCAGUUGAAGGUGUGGUACAGUUCAUGAGGCAAUUGAUGCAGCUGGACUCUUCUACGCGGUGA